AGGUGUUGAUUGCCUUGCGACAAUAGCAAAGGACUGGCCAGCCAAUGAGGUUGCCCUCGAGUCAUGGCUCUUGUCCUCAUAACUGCUGCCUCCUUCUUUAUCUUUCUCUCACCAGCUCAAUCCUGUCAACACGGGAGAGUGCAUUUAACAACUAGAUAUCAUUCUCAAUAUUAUGGUGUUGUUCAAGUUUGUCUUGAUGGUUACUGGCACUCAAUUUGCACUGAUUUCUGGGACAAUCAAGAUGCUACUGUAGUCUGCAGACAGCUUGGAUUCUCUCCUUAUGGUGCUAUUGGGCCAGUUGCUUCCUAUCAGAGCUCCUCUGUGUCUAAGUAUAUCACUGAUUUGAAUUGCACUGGAUCAGAAACAAGCAUACUUGACUGUCCAUACAACGGCCUCGUAAACCAUACCUGUGAAUACAAUACAAGAUAUGCCAAUGUGUAUUGCCAAGCUGCUAAUAUUCCUGAGUCUAAUUGUACUGAUGGUGAGGUACGACUGAUUGGUGGUUCCACUUAUUAUGAAGGAAGAGUUGAAGUGUGUGUCAAUAAAGCCUGGGGAACUGUCUGUGGCUAUGGUAACGGUUGGGGAAAGGAAGAAGCAAGAAUUGUAUGUAGUCAAGUUGGUGGAAUGAAAUUUGCUGCAAGUUACGAUCUUGUUGAGGGGAUUGGUUUUUCAAGAGGCUCUGGUCCUAUAUUAAUGGGAUUCUUGAACUGCAAUGGAUUGGAGGCCAACCUGACAUUAUGUGCUCAACAAUACUUCUUCACUCAAUACUACUGUACCAACCAUUACUAUGAUGUAGGACUAAUAUGUCAAGCUCCUUGUGAAGAAGGUGAGAUCAGGUUGAAAGAUGGUGCUUCUGCAGCUUCAGGUCGUAUCGAGUUGUGUCAUGAGGGAACAUGGGGGACCAUCUGCAGUGACUUUUGGGACAACACUGAUGCUAGUGUGCUUUGCAAACAAAUGGGCUAUUCGCCUUAUGGAGCCAUUGUCUUGCAUAAUUAUUAUUUUGAGAGGGAAUGGCCCCAUCACAUUAUUGAUAUCAAUUGUACUGGAGCUGAGGACAACCUGAGGAACUGUUCACAGAAUUUACUCGUUGAGACGUACACUUGCUCCCCUGAUCAUGAUGCAGCUGUCAGUUGUCAAGGUAGCUCUUUCCCUCGUGCUUCUUGUACCGAAGGUGACAUUAGGUUGGUAGCUGGUACCACAAGGUACGAGGGAAGGAUAGAAGUAUGUAUUAACAAUGGCUGGGGAGGAGUAUGCAGUCCAGGCUGGGGAGCAUUCGAUACUAGAGUAGUGUGUAGACAACUAGGACACAUGGAACUAGGGUCAGUCGCUUAUGUGUUAUCAGAGUUUGGUAAAGCAACAGUUCCUGCAUUUCUCUCUGAUGUGUCAUGCUCUGGUCGUGAGUCUCGACUCAUCAAGUGUCCUUAUGAUUCAUAUACUGCCCUCACUUGCACUGGGUCCCAAGCUGGAGUCAAAUGUGAAGCAUCAUGUGAGAAUGGGACUCUUCGUCUGUACAGUGAGGAUGGCAGUUACUACAGGAGAUAUGGUAGAGUCCAGAUAUGUAUUAAUAAUACGUGGGGAACUGUCUGUGAUCAGUACUGGGAUGAUGAUGAUGCUAGUGUAGUGUGUAGAAUGUUAGGAUAUUCUCCUUAUGGUGCAUCAGCUUUGAGAGGGUUAUACUUAGAGGGUAAUUGGGAUCAUCUCAUUUAUGAUUUAAAUUGUACCGGACAAGAGGGCUCUAUUUGGAACUGUCCGAUGAAUGGGAAUAAAGCGGAGCUAUUGAGGAUCUGCACUGGCUAUCAUGAUGCUUCAGUUAUAUGCCAACAAUUAACCACAGAUGUAAGAGAUAGUGAUUGUAGUAAUGGAGCAUUGAGAUUGGCUGAUGGGCCCAGUGUGAAUGAAGGUAGAGUUGAGGUAUGUUAUAAUGGAGUAUGGGGCUCAAUAUGUGACAGUAGUUGGACAGCAAUUGAAGCUAACAUUGUAUGCAAGACACUAGGACACCAAAAAUAUGGUGCUGAAAAUUAUAAGAAUUCUCACUAUGGUCCUGGAGAAAGGCCAAUGCACAUUUAUAAUUUAGAUUGUCAGAGCUAUCACACUAACUUUACCUCAUGUAGGAUUAACAGGUUCCCUUACUAUUACACUGGCUGUAAUAGGUAUCAUGAAGUUGGGGUGAAAUGUGAUCCUCUUUGUGUGCAUGGAAGUGUACAGCUGUAUCACGGACUCUCGAAGCGUUAUUCAACAGUGAGGGUUUGUGUCAAUGGGACUUGGAACAAAGUGUGUGGGCGUGAGAACUCAGUCGUCGAUAAUAACCUUGCACGAGUUGUAUGCAGUCAAGCUGGUUACUCUCCAUAUGGUGCAAUGAGUUCAGUUGGGCUAUGGAAUAAUUCUUAUAGUCUUGGUUUCACCGAUAGGAGGUUCCCGACUCUUAUUCCCGGGAUCGACUGUCAAGGAGACGAGACUUUACUAAGUUCUUGUACAUUUGCUCCACUCUCCGAUCUUUCUCACUGUUCUCUUGAAGUUGUGGAACUGAGCUGCAUUGAGAAGUGUUCUACUGGAGCGGUGAGGAUUAGGGAAGGAGGAGAUUAUUCUGGUCAUGUUCAAGUGUGCAUAGGAGGAGUCUGGGGGUCUAUAUGUAGCAAUGAUUACUGGAAUAAUGAUGAUGCUAGUGUACUCUGUAGACAAUUGGGAUUCUCACCUUAUGGUGCAAUUGCAAUCCAUGAGUCUCGUACUUACGACACACGGGAUCCAACUUUCUACGAGGGCCUGAACUGCAGGGGGAAUGAGACUCACAUUUUUGAUUGCCCCGUGGUCCAGUCUGCCAGCGUAUGUCCUUUCACAUGGGAAGAUGCCAACAUAAUCUGCCCAGUUCAUGGUUCUCAAUAUUCAAAUUGCACUGAUGGACAGAUCAAGCUGGUAGGAGGAGCCACAGAGUACGAGGGUACUGUACACAUGUGUCUCAAUAAUGCUUGGGGCACUGUCUGUGACAGGUAUGGGUUCGGUUACGAAGAGGCUCAAACUGUAUGUAAUGCACUAGGACACACUACACCAGAUGCAGUUGUUUACCACAGUGCUCAUUUUGGAGUUGGAUCAGGCCCAAUAUUACUGAGCUACAUUCGCUGUUCUUCACCCCAACUCUCUCUACUCCAUUGCAAUCAAAAUCCAGAAUAUAACAAGCAAUGCACUCAUCAUAAUGACGCCGGAGUCAAGUGCAGCUAUUGUAAGGAUGGCUCAUUAAGGUUGCUUGGUGGUAAUACUCCGCUGACAGGAAGGGUUGAAGUCUGCAUGGGUGGCAGUUGGGGGACAAUAUGUGAUGAAUAUUGGGACACUAAUGAUGCCAGAGUAGCCUGUAGACAACUGGGAUACUCAACAGAAGGUGCUGUAGCUGGUACUGGCUCAUAUACAGAGAAUGUGAAAAGGACUCAUAUAUCAGACCUACACUGUACAGGGAAUGAGGACACACUCUUUGACUGUAGUCACAAUGUCAUUAAUAAUAACUGUGGUACCUAUAAUGAUGCAUACGUCACAUGCACAGCUUCUUCUUUUAGCAGUGAUAAUUGUACAGAGACUAGUCUAAGAUUAGUGGGUGGUAAGACAAGUAAUGAAGGUAGAGUUGAGAUAUGUUAUGAAGGAGUGUGGGGCUCAAUAUGUCCUAACUAUUGGAAAGAUGACAAUGCAAGGGUGGCCUGUAAACAGCUUGGAUACACUACCACUGGUGCGACUGUAUCAAGAUUGUUUGGUCAUAGUGUUAGACCAGUCCAUUAUUCUUAUUUCACUUGUUCAGGGAAUGAAAACAAACUCAUUGAUUGUAGACAUUAUAUUUCCUCGAGUUGCUCUCAUUCAUAUCAUGCUGCCAUUAUCUGUGAAGCUCCCUGUAUUGAUGGUAGUACAAGAUUGAGAGGCAGUAGUAGAUAUGGUAGCUCUGGAAGGAUUGAAGUGUGUUUGAAUGGUACAUGGGGCACUGUGUGCUCUGAUGGAUUUGAUAAUAAUGACGCUAGUGUGGUAUGCAGACGAUUGGGCUAUUCUCCUUUUGGUGCAUUGACUAAGAGGGAUGUUUAUUCAGAAAUUGUACUAUCUCAUAAUAUUUAUAACGUUAAUUGUACUGGAAACGAGGACUCCAUAAUGAACUGUACUUAUAACACAAAACCAAAUAAUGAAUCAACUUGUAGAUCUAAUGAUGAUGCUGUUGUCAUAUGUCAAGAUUUGGGUCUUCAGUAUUCAAAUUGUACUGAUUAUGAGGUGAAGUUAAUUAAUGGAUCAUCACCUAAUGAAGGAACUUUACAAAUCUGUCUCAAUAAUGCUUGGGGCACUGUCUGCAAUAAACAGCUCAAUACUAAAGAUGCUGGAGUCAUUUGUCACCAAUUAGGCUACCCUGCAGAAGGUACAUUAGUAUAUACUGCUCUAUUCACUGCCACUGAUACUCUAUUGGUGGCUGAUGUACAUUGUGAUAGUAAUGAGGAAAGGCUCAGUGAAUGUUCUAUUGAAGUAUAUUAUAAGGACUCUUCAUUACUUUGUGAUGUGGCAGUUGAUAGCGCUGGAAUAAAGUGCCAUUAUUGUGUUGAAGGAGAUAUGAGAUUGAUUCCAAGUGCUGGAUAUCAUAAAGGGGUUGGUCUCCUUGAAGUUUGUAUUAAUGGGACAUGGGGUACAAUCUGCAGUGAUUUUUUUGAUGAUGAUGAUGCUAUGGUAGCAUGCAGGCACUUAGGCUACUCUCCAUUAGGUGCUUUGUUUAUGGGUAAUGUUAGUAGCAGGAUUGAGCGACCUUUUCAUGUGAUUGAUGUGAAUUGUACCGGAGAAGAAGUAUCUAUCUGGGACUGUAGCAUGAAUAGUUUAUUGAAGCAAUAUACUUGUAAUGAGACUAACAAUGCUGCUGUAUCAUGUCUUAAAACUGAUGAGGUAGAGUAUAAUAAUUGUUCUGAUGGUCAGAUUAGACUAUCAGGUGGUUCCUCUCCAUUAGAAGGCAGACUGGAGGUGUGUUAUGGUCGUACUUGGUUUGGAGUGUGCGGUGAACUUUACAAUAGUUUUGGUAAACCACAGAGCAUCUGUCGUCUCUUAGGAUACUCUGAUAAAGAUUCUGAAGGCUAUACUGACUCAUUUCUUGAUCUUCCACUCCUCCCAUUGUUUCCGUUCAAGUUCACUGGUUGUCCAUUGACGGCAGUUACACUAUUAGACUGUGACAAGACUCCAUUGAGCUGCAAUAUAGACUACACUUUCAGCAAUCACAUAUACACUGGAGCCAAAUGCAAGAAUUACUGUAGGAGAGGUGAUGUACGUUUAACAGGAUCACUGUAUGACACUGUUGGUCAGGUUGAGGUCUGCAUCAAUGGAACCAGUUGGGGUACAAUAUGCAGUGACCAAUGGAAAGACACUGAUACAAGUGUAGUAUGUAGACAUUUAGGAUAUACACCCUAUGGUGCUAUUAGUCUUCCUCCUGGUAUCUAUUUCUCUUAUAAUUAUGAGUUACCAGUCGUCAUCUCUCGUUUAAACUGUACAGGAUCAGAGUCCAAUGUUCUUGACUGUCACUACACCAUUGCCACCACACAGACCUGUGAUCAUACCAACGAUGCUGCCAUCAUCUGCCAAUAUAAUAAUGUCACUGUCGAUACUUCUUGUGGUAAUGGUGAUGUGAGGCUGGUGGGUGGAGCUAAUGAACUAGAAGGACGUGUUGAGGUCUGCUAUAAUAAGAUGUGGGGGUCAGUCUGUCAUCAAGGAUGGCAGACUAGUGAUGCUAAUAUUGUGUGCAAGCAACUUCACUUUCAACCAGUUGGAUCCGUUGUAUUCAUUAGGAGUUAUUACGGUCAUGGUAUUGGUCCUAAUCUUCUAUCGUCUCUUAGCUGCACUGGAGGAGGCAAAGAGGAGUCACUGCUUGAGUGUAGCUUUGACCACUUGUAUGCACUCCUGGACUGUGGGGAUGGAUCUGUAGCUGGGACAGCAUGUCUUGAGACUUGUUCCAAUGGUGAAGUCAAGCUAUCAGGUUCUACCAAUCCACUGACUGGACGAAUUGAAUUCUGUUCCAAGUACAUAUGGACAUCAAUAUGCAGUAUCCACUGGAGCUAUGAUGAUGCUCAGGUAGCUUGUCGUAAUCUUGGACACUCACCAUUUGGUGCUCUGCCAACAUUUGAUUGUUUUACUGAAGGUCAGCUUUCAUUUGGUAUCACUUACACAAACUGCACUGGAUCUGAGCUACACAUUGACAACUGUACGCACACCAAUCCUUCACUUCAUGACUGCAAUACACACAAAGAUGCUGGCGUCAUCUGUCAAGGUCUAGGCUCUGUAGUAAGAGCUGAUUGUACUAAUGGAGACGUGAGAUUGGUAGGUGGUAGUGGACCUCAUGAAGGAAGAGUUGAAGUAUGCAUCAAUGAAGCAUGGGGCAGCAUAUGUACUAAUGAAUGGGACGAUAAAGACGCUGACGUUGUAUGUAAACAAUUAGGAUACCUACCACUAGGUGCUAGAGUGAGGUCUUUUGGUCCAGGGUCUGGUCCUAUAUUAUUAACUAAUGUUAAAUGCAAUGGUACUGAGUCUAAACUCAUCCAAUGUCACAUCUCAUUCUGCAGUAUGGACGGAUGCACACAUGCCUAUGAUGCUGGCAUUACUUGUGAAAUUCCCUGCACUAAUGGUGAUAUAAGAUUGAAUGAUGACAGUACAGGGUUAAGAGGUAGAGUGGAGGUCUGUAUUAACAUGAGCUGGUACACUAUAUGUCAUCAUGGCUGGACCUCAAAGGAAGCUAGCGUGGUCUGUCAUCAACUAGGACACUCAAGAUAUGGAGCUGUGUGGGGAUCUAAUUUGUUUGUGAAUUACGAGUGGCCUAUGAGUCUCUUUAAUCUUAACUGCACUGGCUAUGAAUCAACCAUAUGGGACUGUUCCUACAACACCACUGAUGAUACAGGAUUCUGUCAGCAAAACAGUGAUGCAUCAGUCUUCUGCAUGAGCCUUUUGAUAGCAGAAGGCUCAUCUUUGCCCAGUAAUUGCAGUGAUGGUGAUAUUAGGCUGAUAGGAGGAAGGAACAAGAGUGAGGGUAAUGUGCAAAUGUGCUAUUAUAAAGCUUGGUCCUCAAUCUGCAGUCAUGGCUGGGGCACUACUCCUGCUAAUGUAAUAUGCAGGGAACUAGGCUACCAGUCUUAUGGCUCUACUUAUUAUAUUAAUAAUCAUUUCAAUGUGUCUUUGAGCCCAUCCUUUGUAUAUGGAACUGUUCUGUGCUAUGGUGAUGAGAAGAGAUUGCAUGAGUGUCCUAGAAAUGGCCUGUCAAGUUUACUGUCUUGUACUGACAGAGACAUUGCUGGAGUACAGUGUGAAGGUGUUUGUACUGAUGGUAAGGUACGUUUAAGUAGUCCCAGUUCUGAGUUGAUUGGUCGCGUUGAUGUGUGUGUAAAUGGAACGUGGUCUACAAUAUGUGAUGAUCAUUGGUCUGAUGUUGAUGCAGCUGUCAUCUGCAGACAACUAGGUCAUUCAGUAUAUGGAUCAAUGGCAGCAUAUGGUGUAUUGGUAUAUGAUGAUUUAUCAAUGAGUGCUCAUGAUGUCAACUGUACUGGGAACGAAGAUACAAUAUUUCAAUGUCUGCUUCACCUGAGUCCUAAAGAGACCUCAUAUACUCAGUGUAGCUCUCAAUGGCCUGCUGGUAUCAUAUGUCAAACUGCAGAUACUUUAUAUGCUAACUGCAGUCAUGGUGAAGUGAGGCUAGUGGAUGGUCCCUCUCCUGUUGAAGGAAGAGUUGAAGUUUGCAUUCACAAUACUUGGGGGACUGUGUGUGAUUCUGGCUGGGACACAAUGGAUGCUAACGUAAUCUGUCAUCAACUAGGACAUCAGAAAUAUGGUGCAGAGCCAGUGUAUUGGUCCGCUUAUGGUAAAGGCUCUUAUCCACUCUCUCUGUCUGGUCUUGCUUGUAACGGAGAAGAGAGCAAUCUCUUGAAGUGCAGCAGAAACUAUUACUCACUUCUACUCUCUUGUAAUGGAGAAGCUGCUGGUGCCAAGUGUGAAAGACUCUGUGACGAGCUAUCAGUUCGUAUUAUUGGUACUCCAUAUGCUAACAUGGGACGUGUUGAUUUGUGUAGGAACAGGAUUUGGCAUAGAGUUUGCUCAUUUCCUCAUGAAGCAGGCUCUGUAGUGUGUAGACAACUAGGCUACUCUCCACAUGGUGUUGUUGUUAUCAAGGAGAGGUUUUCUGCUCCGUUAAUACCAUCAUAUAGAGCUAAUAUUUACUGUCCAAGUCAUAAGAACAUCAGCUCAAUGGAAGAAUGUGAAUUUGCUGAAGCUGGAGACGUUCAAGCAUGCAUUGGAGAUACUGACUAUGGAGUAAUCUGCCAAGGGGCCGAUACUGUAUAUUCUAAUUGCAGUCAUGGUGAGGUUAGGUUGACUGACGGUCGUACGCUGACUCAAGGAAGGAUAGAGAUCUGUAUUGAUGGAGUAUGGGGCACUGUCUGUGAUAGAGGAUGGGAUGCUAUUGAUGCUAAUAUUGUUUGUGCUCAACUAGGACUCUAUCCUUCAGGAGCUAGACCACGUUAUGGUGCUUUUUACGAUCAAGGAUUAGGGCCAAUUUUUCUAUCUGGUUUAAAGUGUACUGGUACUGAGAGUAAUUUAUUAAACUGCAGUAGAGAUGUAUUGGAUGCUGAAUAUUGCAGACACUAUGAAGAUGCUGGUGUAGCUUGUCAAGGGUCAUACCCAGUUAUUCCUGGUCGCAGGUUCGGAUCGAUAUUUGGUGGAGAACUACUAUUUGUGUCUGGACCUAUCUUUGAAUUGAAUGAUAUUACAAAGUGUCAGUUUGGUACUCUUGCAACUGACGGGGUCUACCUGACCGAGACCCAGUGUCUCUGUGUAGUACCACCAGCUCAUGAUAUUGGAUUGACCGAUCUUAGGAUCACUAUUAAGAGGAGUGAGGCUACUCUCAGUGGAAUAACACAAUACAGAUACAUUUCACCAUUUGUGAGUGACUUUGAGGAUCCAUUUAACACGACUACUGAAGAGUUUGCACUCGGCGUGGGCGAGACAUUCAGUAUCAGCUGGAACCCACUAGACAUGACUGAAGGUCUUGUUCCAGUCAACGAUGUUACCAUUAGCAUUGCAAUGAUCCUGUUUGAUAGUGGUAGAAGUGAAUGGGAAGAAGAGACCAUUCUUGCUACUAACAUUCCUAACGCUCAAUCACAAAAGACACUAACAAUCCCAGACUAUCCAGAGAUUGGUGCACUAAGCAUUAGACUAGUACAAAUAAGACUAUCAGUAUCAGUCAAUCCACAGAGCAGUGUCCCACCACCUCUUGCUGCAGUCAUAAACAGGGUCACUAAGUCUGUUUUGCGUUACGUUGUUCGUAAAAUUGAGCGUGACACUUCAAAGAGGCUGGCCUGUGAGAGAUGGUAUAAUUAUGAUGAUGGAGCUGAGAGCUUGCCAAGGAGGCUCCCUCCAUGUCCUUGUACGUUAUUGCAGAUGAUGAGUGACAGUAGGUACAGGAAAGAGACUCCGUUCCAAUUCACUGUUAGUAGAGUCUUCUUUAAGAAAUCAAAAGCUGCAAGCUGCUUCAGAGAAAGGAGCAUAGGAUCUUAUAGCUCCAGUCAGCAGUGCUGCUAUGAUGAUAGAGGCAGACUUUUAACAGGAAUAGGAGGUGGAAGGAUGUACAGAGUGUAUCCAAAUGACUGGGUAUCUAUCAUUGGUCAUUUAAGGUUUGAUGUUACUCCCUUCUAUCUUUGUUGCUCUGGUUUCUUUAAAGCGUGUAACAGAUAUUAUACCAAAAGACCCAAUGACAACUGCAUGGACUGGCCUGACAGAACUUCUAUAGGUAGAGUCUUUGGUGAUCCACAUUUAGUGUCUCUGGAUGGACAUAAAUUUACUUUUAAUGGACACGGUGAAUUCAUCCUCUUACAAUCACUGGAUCAUUCCGAUUUGAUGCUGCAAGCGAGAAUGGUGGAACCUGAACAAACUAAUCGUACUGGAUUUGACUUUGAAGAUGAAGGAGGGACAGUUAUAACUGCAGUUGUGGUCAGACAUGCUUAUUCUGACACGGUCCAGUUUGAACUGUUUAAUCAUAAACUCAUAACACUUGUCAAUGGUGAUGAGAUAAAUUUUAACGAACUUGGAGAACAAGAAUUUAGAAACGUGACUCUAACAAGCAUUGAUAACACCACAGCAUCAGCUGAGCUGAACACUGGCAUUACAAUCACUGUAAAGGAAAUUGAUGUCCUUCUGGAAGCUUCUAUAAUUGUGACUGAUACUUAUUACGAUAAAACUGAGGGUCUCCUUGGUUCUUAUAACACAGACACAAGUGAUGAUCUGUUACCAAGGAACUCCAGUGUGCCUUUAUUACUCAAUGCUACAUUGAGGGAGAUACAUUACAAGUUUGGAUUAACAUGGAUGAUCCAUGAUCCAAGGUACAGUAUAUUCACUUAUGGGAGCAAUGGUGGUUGGCACACUUUCUAUAAACCUGAUUUUGUGCCUCUUUUUGAAGUUGAGUUUCGUAACCAAGAGUUUGAAGAAGAAGCUCAAGAGGCCUGUGGCGAGGAUCAGUAUUGCUUGUUUGAUGCUGCUGCUACUAACAAUAUUGCCAUUGGAAUAGCCACGAAAGAAACUGAAGAAGAACAGAGGACAAUAGAAGAAGCAUUUAUUCCAACUGUAUGUGAACCAUCUUGUGAAUAUGGAGCUUGUGUAAGAAAUGACACUUGUUAUUGCUCCAAUGGCUAUGAUGGAGAAUUCUGUGAAAUACCAGUGUAUGAAGACUGUGAAGAUAAUCUUUGCCUUAAUGAUGCACCUUGUUACAUACAUGCUGGUGAUUACUUUUGCAAUUGCACUGAUGGCUUUAGUGGGCCUUUUUGUGGCAUCGGAAAUGAAACUCAAUUUUUAAUCAGCAGCCGAGUAGCCAGUUCUUUCAUAUACUCUACUUCUUCUUUAUACUAUACCAGUUCUGUUAUUGAAUCAUCAUCAAGCAUUCUUAAUCUUCCUUCAGUUGUGCCGUCCAGUGAGAAAUUAUUAAGUUCUUCAUCACCUUUUAACAUAGAACCUUCAAUAUCGGACUCACUUCUGCUUGUAAGCCAGUCGUCUGAAAUAAAUACUCAUAUUUUAUCUUCAUCUACUCAUCAAUAUAAUACACAAGCUAGUCAUCUUAGUAGCUCAGAGUUUUUCUUCUCCUCUCUCUCUUCUCUCUCUACUCUUACCUCUUCAGCUGUGACAGUGUCUCUCUCUUCUCUUCCCUCUUCAACUGGGAGAGUCUCUCUCUCUUCCCUUCCCUCUUCAACUGGGAGAGUCCCUCUCUCUUCCCUUCCCUCUUCAACUAUGAGAGUCUCUCUCUCUUCUCUUCCCUCUUCAACUGGGAGAGUUUCUUUCUCUUCUCUUCCCUCUUCAACUGGGAGAGUGUCUCUCUCUUAUCUUCCCUCUUCAACUGGGAGAGUGUCUCUCUCUUCUCUUCCCUCUUCAACUGGGAGAGUCUCUAUCCCUUCUCUUCCCUCUUCUGUGGAAUUGUUACCAACUGGUAUAUCAGGAAGUGGAACAUCAUACAUUGUGUACAUCACUGUCAGUGUUGCCUGCUUCUGUAGUCUCCUUACACUGAUAGUGCUAGUAAUAGCAGUGGUUAUACUGGCAAGGAUUAACAAGAAGUAUAAAAAAGAUAUGUAUCAAGUGAGCAAUGCUGUGUAUUUGGAGCCGGAAGAGAAGGUCACUCAGAAGGAUUGUCAAAUAACUGAUGAGUCAGUAAUGUAAUCUGUUGUCUUUAUUUUUAUGUCAUGUACAAUGUUUUAAUUUAAUUAUUGAAAAAUUUCUUGAGAGAAGCCACGUGAGAGCACGUGGUUGGAGAAUA